CAUUCUCGUCAUUCUGAUUGGCUGUGUUCACGCUGCUGCUGAUGUGGUGUUCUGAAGAUAGCAAACCUGGUCGCCCGAUUCAUACAGAUUCUUCGAUAGAACAGUAACUUCGCUCUGGGAAAAUAAUGCCUUACUAUCAGACUUGGGAGGAGUUCGCCCGUGCAGCAGAAAAACUGUAUCUAACAGAUCCUAUGAAGGUCAGAGUGGUUCUCAAGUACAGACACUGCGACGGUAACCUUUGCAUUAAAGUAACCGACAAUGCCGUGUGUUUACAGUACAAGACAGACCAGGCCCAAGACGUGAAGAAGAUUGAAAAGCUCCAUGGAAAACUGAUGAGACUCAUGGUGUCUAAGGAGACGCACAGCGGUGCCAUGGAGACAGAUUAAAAUGCUCUAAGAGGCACUGACCUUCUGGAGCACCUGGACUGAGUUCAGUGGACACAGUGAUUGUUGAGAGCACAGUACCAUCGGACUACGAUGUGGAGUCUGAGAGAUGGGUGGUGGUGAAGAGGGAAUGUGGUGAGAUCGAUCUGGCCACCUACACUAAUUUAAUACUGUCAGAGAUGUGAUAUAUAUAUACUGUAUAUAUUUUAUUCUCUCAGGAUUUUGUUUUUUAUAAUACAUUUUUAGUUAUUAAAAAUCUCAUCAUCCUGUUUUUCCUUGUCAGGCAUUUUGAUCACAUCCUUGAUGGUAUUAAUAUAAAGUAAGGUUGGCUGCUGGGAAAUUUAUGGAAUAUAAAGAUAGGAAAAGAGUGGGGUUAGGGAGAGUGUGGGACUAAAAUGUACAAACAUUAAAAAUCCCCUGCUGCUGUCUAAGCAGCUUUGGUACCUUGAUUUCUUCAGAGGAGCUUACAUUUAUUUUAAAUUCAGAAGGGGAUGAAGAUGAUGAGCAUUGAAGCUAUCGCAUGUCUCGUCUAUUUACAUCUAUGUUGCAAUUUUUGUUUUUCCUCAUGGACUUGUGCCACCUGGACAAAGCAGGACCAUCUGAUUUUCCCAAUAACGGUGUGAGGAAACCCCUACACCUCCAAAUGCCAUUUCUUAUACUGAGAGUAAUUGCAUUACAUGUUCAAUAAAUGUUUAUUUACCCCGGUA